AUGGCGAUCCCUCAGCGGACGCUCAACUGGCUGUAUUCAGCUCUAACCAAGGAUCACUUUGAUCCCAAACAGACCUACCAAGAUCCCAACCGCGCCUACCACGAUGUCGUCAAUGCGCUCGCUCAGUACCCCUCGCUCUCCCCUCGCACCGAUGUCUAUACGUACGAGAAUGGCUUCUCUGCGCUUUUGCUCAACCUUAUCGGCACACUGCCUGCCGUCUUCCGAGGCACAACAUACCGGUUCCCUGUCGCGAUUUGGAUACCGAAUACCUACCCUCGCGAACCCCCUAUGGUAUAUGUGACGCCGCCUCAGGAUAUGACGGUCCGGGCUGGUCAACAUGUCACGUUGGAGGGACGAGUGUAUCACCACUACCUCGCUCAUUGGGCUGACGCCUGGGAUAAAUCGACAAUUGCCGAUUUUCUGUUCAUUCUUCGUGACGUUUUCGCCAAGGAGCCCCCGGUUCGCUAUCGCCAGCAGAUGCCACCUCAGCAGCAACCGCUGCAGAUGCAAACUCCCCCGCCAGUACCACCUCUCCCGCCUGGGAUGGAAACGUCGUCAGCUGCGGUCCAAAUACAGCCUCGUCCAACAAGCCAAGCUCAAACCCCUCCACAGCUCCCUCCGAAGCCCGGGUCGGCUCCCGCACAUCAGCCGUCGCCAGUCCAAGCAGACCGGUACCGAUCACCCCCACCACUGCCACCGCUGCCUCCGAAGGGCUAUGAUCCUAGGCGAGCUUCUUCGAUUCCCAUGGGUCUAACAGGCUCUGGAAACCCGGUACCUCAACAGUAUGCGGCAUCGCAAUAUUCAGCUUCGCCAUCUGCGGGGCCCCAGAGUCCAACAUACAACAGAAGCACCAGUAGCAAUGGACAUCAACAAUCCCCCUAUGCUCGCCAGGCUGGGCCACAUGGUUCCCAGAUCCCACUCCAACGGCACACUUCUAACCAGCCCCCGCCACAGGCACCGUCUCAACACCCAGGUUAUCAGCAUCCACCCACGCAAGCACCACCUGGGCCCCCAUACCCACAAAACUCUCCUUAUCCAUCAAACUACCCUCACCCACCUCCGGCAGCACCUGCUCCAAAGGCCGAAGCGCCCGACCUUCUCACGUCCCCCUUCGAGAUAGGGCUCCCUUCAUUUGCACCCAGGCCUGCCCCUCCAAUUCCACCAAAUCCAGAAAAGGAUGCCCUUCUCAGCGCUGUUUCCAGGACACUAGCCGAGACCCUGGGGUCUCAAGCUGCGCAGUCCGACGCGGCAAUCCAUUCCCUAGUCUCGCAAUCCCACUCUCUCCGCGCGGCAAUGACAACCCUGCAAGCCGAAGUCUCAGCCCUCAACGCUCUACAGUCAACCCUCCAAUCCAACACCGCAAUCCUCCAACAAUCCAUCCACCGUGCAGAUGCAACUAUUGCAGGUGCCCAGGCUCGCUCAGCAUCUGUCCCCUCGUCCUCUACUCCUUCAUCAUCUACUGCUCCUGGACCCUCAGAUCCUUCAUCUGGCCUUCCCCCUAUCGACGAGGUUUUGGUUGCUCCCACCGUCGUCGGGAAACAACUCUACGACCUCGUCGCAGAAGAACAGGGUAUUCAGCAUGCGCUUUAUGCGCUGCAAGCUGCUCUUGUCCGUGGUGUUAUCGGGGUUGAUUCUUGGUCUCGCCAAACACGCGGUCUUGCGCGUGAGGCAUUCUUGAAGCGUGCCCUAAUCAGCAAGAUUGGCCGUGGAAUGGGAUUGGAGUCUUCUUUGCCAUGA